AUGCUAUUAUGUCAUAGUCAAGUUAAUAUACCUUUGACAGAACCAAAAUUAAUAGCAGUUACGGCCGUUAAUUCAACAGCUUUAACUGUCACAUGGGAAUUUGCAAAUUCGACAUAUGAUCAAUCUGAUACUAUAAAAAUUGUUAUUGAAUUUUAUGAAUUUUAUUUUAACUAUGGUCCAAUAAAUACUUCAAUUAAUUAUACAUUUACAUCAACAAAUAAAACUAUAACAAGUCUAACAAAAAAUUUUGAUUUAGUCAAUGCUUUUUAUUAUGUAUGUCUUUCAUCAAAUUCUACGAACAUAAAUGUAACUGUGUCUCUUGUUAAAAAAACUUGUCAACUGAAAAGAACAUGUUCACGAUUUAAUUCAUCGAUAUGUUCCGAGGUACCUUUUGUAGUUAUUUCACAUAUGGUUAGUUCAUCAAAUUCGUUUAUUAUAAAUGUUAAUUGGCUCAAGAACGUACCAUAUUUACGAAAUGGAACAACUGUACAAUUGAUUAAUAAUGGUGUUACAGGAACAUCAUUAUCUUUAACAGAAAAUAAUACAUAUAUAAAUCAACCUUAUCAAUUUUCUGGUUUACAAUCGAAUACAAAUUAUACAGUUAACAUAAUCGUUAAUUAUACAAUAUUUGGUCGUUCUCUAAGUGAUGUCAUUUAUUAUAACGUUCAAACAUCUCGUUCAUCGAACUUAUUCUAUACCAGUGAUAGUUUUAUUUUAAUGGUUUGCUCGGUGUUUUUAUUUUUUUCAUUUUUAGAAUAA